UUCUCUUUAGUUGCACCCCAACUCCUCUCCGAUCCACAUCUAAAACCAAACCCUCUCGAUCUACUUCUUCUACAGUACCCACAUUCAUUCUAUUAUCUCACAUGGUAGAAAGAAAGAACAAAAGAGAGUGAGUGAGAGAGAGGGGAAAAGAAAUUCAUUUCUAAAAUUUAUUUUACAUGCCCUCCAAGCCGUGAUAAAGAAGAAGCUAUGCAAAUUUCCUCCUGAAAUCCAUUUUAAACACGGCCUAGGAUUGAAGCAACAAACUGUGCAAACAUUAGCAACAGAGGAAAUGUGGAGUGUGUUGCACAUUUUUUGUCGGACUUGUUUUGCUGCAAGUUAGUGAACUCGAAGACUCAUGCAUCCGCUCAUACUCGUUCUGUAAAAAGUGUGUUUUUUUUAUUUGGACAGAAUUUUAAAGUUAUUUGCUAAGCUGGAACUUGAACCAGGUGAACAACAGAAGGGUGGGUUUUACCAAGAAAUUCGUCCAGUCUUCAUCAUCCAUCGGAUACAGAACUCUUCCCUUUACCAAAGCACACAACAAUUUUUGCCAUAAUAGUGAGAUAGUGAGUGUACAAAGUAACAGCACAUAAUAUUUAUUUACAUGCAGUGCAAUUCCUUUUCCUGAGUAAAUUGCAUAUUGGUGACGGAUCAGAGUCUCAAUUAUAUUUUCUACAAAAAUCUACAAUCUACCUAACCCAUCACACCAACAGCAACAAUUUCUCAUUCUCGGGAAAAGAGCCAACUCACAAUGGAAGCAUAAUUACGUAUUGUUGUCUGUGCUUCUUGUACUCCUUCAUUAUAAUUUUUGCUUAAUAAUUGUGCGAGCAAUAACCAACAGCACUUCAAGUGGUCAGAUUUUAUUUUCUCACUUGUUCCACGAAAAAAUGGAUCGAAGCAGCAACUAAAUACGAGAAAAUGGAGUAAAAAAACUAGUGAAUACUAAAGCCCAGUCUUCAAACCCCAUUGUCUCAACCUUCCCCCUGUCCCCACCCACUCACUUACUCCAUACCGUCUGUCAAAAAAAUGCUUCGUCACGCCUCUUCAGCCUCUACCCCCACCUCGACCAAACCCGUCGACUACUUUCGUCCCCUAAUUGUCGACGUCUCCGUGGAGUACGAGCUGCCCAAAGAGGUCGCACCUCCCCCUGGGUCAGCCCCACUCUUAAUCAUCCACCCUUCUGCGUACUAUCCAUCCCGAAAUAGUAAACCAUCCUCCACAACUGCAUCUGCGACAUCGUCCCUUCUCAGCCCACGACCGACAUCAUUCAACAAUUCGUCCGUUCUGGGACCUUCCAUUCACAGCAAUGCAGCCUCAAAUACCUCCAACUCCUACUACUAUUUACGAAGUGCCAAUAAUAUUUACGGUCAAAUUACACAACCGCAGCCACCUCCUCAACUCCAACAGCAGAAGCAACAUGGUGGCAGUAAUGCGAGACAGUCAUCAUCUUAUUCGACGUCCUCGGUGUCGAGGUCGCGCUCCAUGUCACUCGCGGUAGGAUCAGGGCGACGCCAAACAUCGGUGGGCACGAACACGACAAAUAAUUCGUCCUCCAUGAUAACAACGACUACCUGCACUGACCCGUCUUGUGACAAAUGUUACGUCGUCCAGCAACAACAACCUCAACUCAUGGAGCUUGAUCUCACCCCGUCGAAAUCCAACACAGCAACUUCCAAUAGCAGUAGUAGCAGUAAAAGACUUCGGAGGGAUAGAGAGAACCAAAUGCUUCUUUUAGACCCGAUCUCUUCCUCUUCAGCUUCUUCCUCGCAACCACUAAAUUUGUCGGCGGCGAGCAUGUAUCUUGGACCAAGUUUGUAUGCGACUGGAGGAGUGUCUUCCGGCGGGGGUGGGGUGGGAGUCAGCAAUCCACUCUAUAAUAGGAAGCAGAACUCUGGAACGGCUUCAUCUUCCGUGGCACAAAGUGGAAUAUUCCAAAUGAUUAAUAACGUGUAUGCUCAACAGCAAGUUGUCGCAGCGGCGAGUGAGAGACUCAUGUUGAAGGAACAGGGGCCGAAAGGGAGUGGUUCGGACUCGGGAGUGUGUUCUGAGAACGAGAGUGAUGUUUCACCGUCAACUAACAAUUCCAAUAAUAAUAACAACAAUAGUAGGAGAUCAUUGUUUUCGCAUGAUGUUGGAUCCAGUUCGGCAGGUUGCUACUGCUGCUGCUGUCCCCACCCAAGUGGGAGCGAUUCAUCCCGCUCCAACAGUAACAAGACUGCCUCGUCGACUUCUUCCACCGUGAAAUCGUCCUCAUCUCGUCUCGCUGGAGGAAUAGGAAGAAGUAGUCGUUCCUCCAAAUCAUCUCAGCAACAGCAACACCUCAUCCUCAACCCGACCCCACUACCUCAAUCCCACCAGCAACACCCCCAUCACCACUCCCACUACUCCUCCAUCCUGGGAGGAUUUUCGUCAUCCACGGCGCCAAUGGACGCUUCUCCCGACACCAUGAUGAUUGUUCCGAUGGACUCGUCUCCUGCAGCGUCUUAUCGCCAUGCUGCGAAAUGGUUUGUUCCACCAACUUCGACCGAUUUUGGAAGGUGGUUCCAGGUCUGAGCAAUUAUGAGAAGAAGACGAAUACGAUGAAGGAGAAAACCACAUGACAAGAUCUCCAUUCAAGACUGAUCCAAUCCAAGCUCGUACUAGAUACAUACAUAUUAUGCAUAUACACCAACAUAAAACCAACCCACUACUGCCACGAUAAUCUAUAAUUUGGGGUCAAACAAGGAAUCAAGCAAAAAAAUUUCAUAAUCAAUACGUUUAUUAAGUUCUAAGUCGUAUAUAUUGUUCAAGAACAGGGGUAUGUAUGCACAAUGCUAUUUCUCUUUGUUUCUUUUUUGUGUUCAACACGAGAAUAAUAAUGCAGCCAUAUCACACGAUCACACAAUGUGUGUAAUAGCGUGGAUUCCACACUACACACAUUGUUAUACAUAUAUAAUUCAUAUGAAUGUAGCAUAUUUUGUUUAAUAUUAGUUUGUAAGGUUGAUAAUUUUUAAAUUUGUAUUCCUUAUUAUGCCAGUUUUUUAGAUUUGGAAUGGAAUAUUUUAUUCUGCUGCCAUGUUUCAUUUUUUCUGUCAUAUAAACUGAUAACAUAACAAGAACCAUUAGUUUAAUCACCGUCACGAAUCUAUUUAUUUAUGCAAUAUAAAUUGUACUUUGUUAUUUAUUUAUUAUAAAUAUUAAGUGUAAUUCUAUGUUCUAUCCACUUUUAGUUGUGCAAGUUUUUAAUACCCCAUUAUUAUUAUUAUUGUAAUUAAAUUGAUCUUAUCAAUGUUAUGCUGCCAAGUUAUUUUAAGUUUAAAUACCGAAUUGUUAGCUGUACAAUUGUUACGCACGAUCUGCAUAUGGAAAUUUUACCCUUCAUUACAUACACAAAGCUAAGCUAAAUCUAAAUACACUGCCAAUAACAAAAUCGAAGAUGAUUUGUUUUCCAAGAAUUUCUAUGUAAAUCUUCUCCAUUAUGUAACAUUUAAUUUGUACAUUUGAAACAUACUACAUUUGUCAUAAAGAUAGGAAUUCAAAAAGAUUGUGCAGUAGCAAGAAGCUAAGAAACUGACCGACUGAUGAAUUUUAACCCAGUAUAUAAACUGAUUAUGAGUUUAAUCAUGUAUUUAACUUAUUCUUCAUAAUUAUUAUACAAGUAUAAUGUACCAUAUUUAAAAUAGAUUAUAGCUGAGUAUUCGAUUAGAAUAUUAUUUUAAUGUCAAAACCUCGGAACAGUGAUACAGUUUUUCCACUACAUUUUCUUACCACUCGCCACUUGUACCAUUUUAUGUUAACUAUGAUGUAACUCUGAAUUUCAAACGUAAUUAUACGACGACGUUUUUGUACAGUUUUCUACUUUUAGAAAAGAGGAAAAGGUCCCAUAAUAUUGUGAUGUUAAGAUGAAUAGUUUUUUUAAUACUAAAAGAAUUUGCAAUAUGACAAAAAUUUUAAUGAUGUACCAUUACAAAUAAUUAAUGGUAUUUAUAUGUAUUUAUGUAGGUACAUAUUCACAUAGGCAAUGCAUAUUAAUCAACAGAGAGUGUUCGAAAAGUAGAAAAAAGUUAAGAAAAUAUAAAGCAGUGAGGACGAUGAUGGCACAUAUCUCCAAAAUGAACCAUGAAAUGAAUUAAAUAAAUUAAAUUACAUAAUGAUGACGACUAUUAAUUAUUAUUGAUAUUGUUAUCAUUAUUUGAUUUUCUACAAACUAUGCAAACUAUGAAAAGACUACAGUUAGGAGUAAUAAGUAAUUAUUAAGAGGUGAUGAAAAUGAAGUAAUAAAUUGUCAGGUGAAUAAAACAGAAAUAAACGUUUUGUGCCUUGUAAAAUGGAAAA